UGAGAAUUAUCGAACAUCAUAAAAAUGGUGAAGCUAGAUGGAUUCUUGUGAAACUAAUGCAAUCAAAGCAGUUUCCAUUAGACGAAGUUUUUCAUUGUGAUUUGUGAAGCAACUGGUUUCUGAAGUGAAGCACGAGUCGCUCGCUACAUGAAUAGUUUAAUGUAUCUCUGCGUACAUCUUACAAGAUGAAAGAGAGACAAAUACAGCAGAUGGUUUCCAAAUCGUAAGUUGCUUUAAAGUGAGAGAGUGGACAAAUCAAGGCUAUUGAAAAGUCAACAAAGGUGUGCUUCAUACUAGACGAGUUUAUUUGUUAAGUCUUCGCCUCUUCCAUUUCGCUUCAAUCCCUUUCCAAAACUCUGUAUUAUUGUGGCCAUCCUUUAAUGGCUCUUGUUUCUUCUUACUCGUCAUCGGAUCACUCCAAGCGACAGUUUGAUGUGUUUGUGAGUUUUAGAGGCAAGGACACACGUAAUUCCUUCACCUCUUACCUUGUUCAGUUCCUACACCGGAAAGGUGUCGAUGCUUUCUUCGAUGGGAGACUCCGGCGAGGCAAAGACAUCUCAGUUCUCUUUGACAGGAUUGAGCAAUCAAAAAUGUCGAUUGUCGUAUUUUCAGAGAACUACGCCAACUCCACAUGGUGUUUGGAGGAACUCUGGAAGAUAAUGCAGUGCAGGGAGAAAUUUGGUCAUGGGGUCUUACCCAUCUUCUACAAAGUCAAGAAAUUUGAUGUAGAGAAUCAGAAAGGGAGUUUUGAAGCUCCCUUCCAGAGACCUAAGGAGAGUUUCAAGGGUGGUGGGCACAAGGUUGAGGCAUGGAAAGAAGCUCUGAAGACUGCUUCCAAUAUCCUGGGCUAUGUACUUCCUGAGGAAAGGCCGGAGAGUGAAUUUGUUGAAAAAAUAGCCAAGGAAACUUUCAGGAUGCUGAAUGAUUUGUCUCCAUGUGAAAUCAGUGGUUUCCCAGGGAUUGAGUCACGUUCAAAAGAACUGGAGGAGUUACUGAUGUUCGAUGAUACAAAUUGUAUCCGUACCGUUGGGGUUCUCGGGAUGACUGGAAUUGGCAAGACAGCGGUUGCUGAUAGCGUUUAUAAACGAAACUAUCGUCAGUUUGAUGGAUACUGUUUCCUUGAGGACAUUGAAAAUGAGUCAAAGCGGCAUGGGUUGCAUCAUUUGCACCAGAAACUCCUCUGUAAAUUACUGGAUGAAGAAAAUGUGGAUGUCAGAGCGCAUGGAAGAAUGGAAGACUUUCUAAGGAACAAGAAGCUGUUUAUUGUGCUAGAUAAUGUAACUGAUGUAAAUCAAAUAGAAGUUCUCAUUGGAAAGCAUGAACUGUACAGGAGAGGAAGCAGGAUUGUUAUAACAACUAGAGACAAGAAACUUCUGCAGAACAACGCUAAUGCAACAUAUGUUGUUCCCAGAUUAAAUGACAAGGAAGCAAUGGAGCUUUUCUGCCUUGAUGCGUUCACUGACAACCUUUAUCCAAGCGAAGAAUAUAUGGAUCUAUCAAAAAAUUUUGUAUAUUAUGCGAAAGGACACCCCUUAGCUUUGAAGUUGUUAGGUUCAGGUCUACGUCAGAAGGAAAUGACAUACUGGGUGGAAAAAUUGGAGAGAUUGAAGGUAGAGCCAGACAAGGAGAUUCAGAAAGUGCUAAAACUGAGUUAUGAAGCACUGGAUGAUGAACAGAAGAGCAUAUUUCUAGACAUAGCAUGUUUCUUCAGAUCAGAAAAAGCAGAUUUGGUUUCGAGCAUCUUGAAAUCAGACCAUGUUAUGAGAGAACUUGAAGAUAAGUGCUUGGUAACCAUUUCUUAUAAUAGGCUUGAGAUGCAUGAUCUAAUGCAUGCAAUGGGUAAGAAAAUCGGAUAUGAAUCAUCCAUCAAAAGAGCAGGCAAACGUAGCAGGUUGUGGAACCACAAAGAUAUUCGCCAUGUGCUGGAGCAGAGAACGGGAACUGAAUGUGUUAGAGGCAUUUUCUUGAACAUGUCUACUGUUGAAAAGAUCAAGCUAUGUCCUGAUGCUUUCAUGAGGAUGUCGAAUCUCAAAUUCCUGAAGUUCCACAAGUCUCAUUGUUCCCAGUGGUGUGAUAACGACAAUAAAUUUCAAUUCUCUGAAGAGCUUGAUCAUUUUCCGGAUGAGCUUGUCUACCUUCACUGGCAAGGGUACCCUUACGAGUACCUGCCAUCAGAAUUCAAUCCGGAGGAACUUGUUGAUCUUAAUCUACGAUAUAGCUUCAUCAAACAAUUGUGGGAAAAUGAGAAGGUGCCAUAUAAUACAGAAAAAUUAAGAUGGGUCGAUCUCAGUCAGUCAAAAGACUUGCGGAGUUUAUCAGGUUUGUCCAGGGCUAAAAAUCUUGAAAGAUUGGACCUCGAAGGCUGUACGAGUUUGUUUCUGUUGGGCUCAUCAAUCAAACAGAUGCAAGAACUUAUUUACCUGAACCUCAGAGACUGCACAAGCCUUGAGAGCCUUCCAGAGGGGAUCAAACUAAAAUCCCUGAAGACUCUUAUCCUCAGUGGCUGCUCAAACCUUCAAGAGUUUCAAAUUAUAUCAGACAAUAUUGAAUCUCUUUAUUUGGAAGGCUCAGCAAUUGAAAAAGUUGUUGAUCACAUCGAGAGUCUUCACAACCUUAUUUUGCUGAAUCUGAAGAAUUGUCGCAGGUUGAAGUAUCUUCCCAAAGAUCUUUACAAGCUGAAAUCUCUUCAAGAACUGAUCCUCUCUGGCUGUUCAGUUUUGGAGAGUCUUCCACCAAUCAAAGAGGAUAUGGAAUGCUUAGAGAUUUUGCUGAUGGAUGGAACAUCCAUCAAACAGACACCUGAAACGAUUUGUUUGAGUAACCUCAAGCUGUUUUCCUUCUGUGGAUCUAUCAUCGACGAUUCCACAGGGUUGGUAUUGCUGCCUUUCUCCGGCAGCUUUUACUUAUCGGACCUCUAUCUCACGAACUGCAAUAUCUACAAAUUGCCAGAUAACGUUAGCUCAUUACACUCGUUGCGGUGUCUGUGCUUAAGCAGAAACAAUAUUGAGACCCUACCUGAAAGCAUUAAGAAACUCCAUUGCCUGUUGUUUCUUGACCUGAAACAUUGCCGCAAGCUUAACUCUCUUCCAGUGCUUCCAUCUAAUCUACAGUACAUAGAUGCUCACGGGUGUGUUUCUCUGGAAAAAGUCGCUAAACCAGUGACACUUCCCCUAGUAACUGACAGGAUGCAUACUACUUUCAUUUUCACGGGUUGCUUCAAGCUGAACCGAGCUGCGCAGGAAGCUAUUGUAGCUCAGGCCCAACUCAAGAGUCAGCUACUGGCAAGGACAUCUCUUCAACAUAACCAUAAGGGACUAGUUCUAGAGCCUCUGGUUGCUGUUUGUUUUCCAGGAAGUGAGAUACCCUUAAUGUUCAGCCAUCAGAGAAUGGGAUCUUUGAUAGAAACUGACCUGCUUCCACACUGGUGUAACAGUAAAUUUAUUGGAGCUUCCCUAUCUGCUGUUGUCACCUUCAAGGACAAAGAAGGUCAUCAUGCCAGUCGUUUAUCUGUAAGAUGCAAGUGCAAAUUCAAAAAUCAAAACGGUCAGUCUAUCAGCUUUAGUUUCUGUCUUGGAGGAUGGAAUGAGUCAUGUGGAUCAUCUUGCCAUGAACCACGGAAACUUGGAUCUGACCAUGUGUUUAUCAGUUAUAACAACUGCAAUGUGCCAGUCUUUAAAUGGAUGGAAGAGACUACUGACGCCAAUAGAUGUCAUCCCACUAGUGCCUCAUUCGAAUUCUACCUUACUGAUGAAACUGAAAAGAAACUUGAAUGCUCCAAGGUGAUAAGGUGUGGUAUGAGUUUGUUAUAUGCUCCAGAUGAAAAUGACCGUGGUCUCCAGGGAAUAAGGGUUACAGAGACUGUUAAUGGUACAUCUAGUGAGGCUCUUAUGACAAUUCGAGGUCAGUCCCAAUCACGAAUUGAAGAAAGAAGAAAUGGCAGAAUAAGAGAUGAAAUCCUAGAGAUGAGUGUUUCCUCCAUGAUAGGAGGUCCCGGGUCUUGAAAAGAAAACAAAAGGAACUUAACGAUGUUGCAUUGCUUUCCAGACCCUUUGGUGUAUCAUCGGGUACUUCUAUCAACAUACCUUGCUGAUUGACUUUGAGCUUAUUCUUGGAUAAUCGAAUGUGAGACUUGUUCGUUGCUGAUUGGUGAAGUCGUCAUAUCCAAAGACAAAACAGAGCAUGGUCUUUACUCUCUGUUUCUCCCUUUACAUCACAUGUACGCUUAACUUCUCGAUAUUUUUUGAACAACUGGUACAAAAGGCUACAUGGUUUCAUAAAGUGCAUGUUUCUCAAAAUAAUGCUCUUGGAACUGAAGGAAAACAUGAAGAAAUUUACUUGAGA